UUCCAACUUGUCAGUCAACUCAUGCCAGCACUCUCCACGUCUGCCUCCCCAGCACACCCUCAUUACACGUGUCUGUCUGGACUGAUUCACUCAUCUGUUCAGAGACUCCUGAUAAGUCAGGAAUUCUUCCUUCUCUCAGCUGUGGAAUUGAAUCUCAGACAUCUCAGCGUUUUUCCUGUAACCCCCUCAGGAAGCUCUUUGCUUAUGGUAUCAUUUCAUCUCCCUUCACUACUAGUCUGUUUCUGAUUUCUAGAAUGGAAGAAGCUGAACUGCUGAAGGAAAGAUUCCAGGCCAUAACAGACAAAAGAAAACUGCAAGAAGAAAUCACGCAGAAACGUCUGAAAAUAGAAGAGGAAAAACUAAAACACCAACACUUAAAGAAAAAGGCCCUGCGAGAGAAAUGGCUCUUGGAUGGACUAAGUGCUCUCACUCCAAAAGAACAAGAAGAAAUACAAAAGCAGAAUCUAAAGGACCAAGAACGGACCAAUGAGCUGGAACAAAACAUCUUCAGACUUGAAAAAGAAAUUGAAGCUCUGGAAAAAGAAGAAAUGAAGAUCUCAGCUAAUGAAGCAGCAAUUUUAAAGAAACUUAAGUCAGUUGAGAGAACAGCUGAAGACAUAAUAAAGUCUGUGAAGGCAGAAAAAGCAAGUGUUCAUGAAGAACAAGCAGACUACAUAUACGCCAACAUACCUGACCUGCCAAAGUCCUUCAGACCUUCUGUGCUGAAAAGGAUAGGACAUACUGGAACAGAGGAUGAUGAAGAAAACAGAAGAGCAUUAUUUGCCAUGGAAAUUAAAGUUGAAAGAGAUAUGAAGACUGGGGAGAAUACUGUCUUGUCUACAAUUCCUCUUCCAUCUGAUGACUUCAAGGAGACAGGAGUAAAAGUCUACGAUGAUGGGAGGAAGUCUGUCUAUGCAAUGUGUUCCAAUGGCAGCGUAACACACAAUGGCAUGGAUGAACUUGCACCUGUUGAGGUGGAGGACCUUUUAAGGAAAGCGACUGAAAAAAAUUCUAAAUCCCCUACAGAGUAUCAUGAGCCUGUGUAUGCAAACCAGUUCUGCAGGCCAACAACUCCCCAGACAGAUAGAUUAGUUUGCAGGCCAAAUAGGGAAGAUACACUUAAAAAAGAAAUGAAUGGACUUGGCAAUCACCUGAAUGAAUCCAUCUAUAACAAAGGCAAUAGGCAAAGUGGAGAAAACAGUUUUGAUCUUCCAAAGGCACCAUUGCCAAAGUCUUUAUCACCAGGGCCCCUGCAAAUGGAGGAAAAGUCACACAUUAGUCCAAAAAGCAGGGUAACGCAGGACAGAGAGAAAGAAGCUCUACAACUACAUUUAGAAUCCUGUCAGUAUACAAGAGAUCGCCGCUGUGAGACAGUGCUUAUGAACUCUGAGCACACCCACGAAACAUCACCUGCACCUCAGGAAGAUGAUAAAGAUGUUCGAUAUAGCAUUGUUCAAGCUGUGCCAUGUUACGUGGAUGAUACAGAACCUGUAACAAUGGUUUUCAUGGGUUAUCAGCAUGUAGAUGAUGAAGCAGAAGCAAAUAAAAACUUGUCAGAAUAUGAUGGAAUUAUUCGAGCAGAAUUAGUCAUAAUUGGUGAUGAUGAUGACGAAGACAACAGCAGCAAAUCUGAGAAUCCAUCCUAUCAUCCUGUCGGUCCUUAUAGUCAAGUUUAUCAACCAGUUAAACAGCAACAAGCAGAUGCUCAAAAGAGAAUCCCAGACGGCAGCCUACAUGGAAAUCUAAGCAAAUUACCCCACAAAAAUUCUCUCUCACUACAAGAGCAAGAGGAAUGCUUAAACUCCCCUAUGCAUCAUGCCCAUCCUCAGGGCCAGACAUCUGGAGAUGGUACUGAAGAUCCCUCAUUAACAGCUUUAAGGAUGAGGAUGGCAAAGCUGGGGAAAAAGGUGAUUUAAACAGCCACAGUGUCAUGGACCUAGAAUUAGGUUUUGGUUCAAAGAAGAAUAAAGCUUAGAGGAAGAACACUUUUAUCCCAUUUUCUGGACUUUAACACUUUUUUUGCUUAUGUAAAAUUAUAUUGUACACAUUUUUGUACCUAUUCCUAAAACUGCUGACCUUAAAAGACCAUCUAGUCAAAAAGAAAAAGGUAAGGUAGGGAAGAGGUAUAUCACCGUCAGGUAUCUGAUUACCAUUUGUAUGUAUACAUAUUUAAGAGCAGUGCAAAUCAAAUUCCAAGGUCCUACUGAAGCAAAAUUUGCAGUAAAAUCAGUGGGAGAUUUGUUCAAGUAAAACCUAAUCUGUUUUACCUUUAUACAGGCAGACUGAUAUACAUACAGACGCUCAGCUACAGUAAGGAACAAUAGUUGCCAGGUGUACGGAACAAUAAAACACCUCUUGUGCAAAUUAAUUUUCCCACAAUGUACACACACUUGAAUGUGUAACAACCCAGUUUGUUUAAUUUUUAAAAUUGGCUUGCUGUAUUUUUACUGAAAGUUUGAAGCAAAUAAAGUACUUACUUAAAAGUAGAA